AUGGCUAUUAUCGUCUCCUUAGAUUCUCCAAGUAUUAUGGAUAUUUCAAUAACCUCAGAAGAGGAAGAGAAAAAAACAAACGUUAAUAACGUGCCAGACUAUAUCAGCGAUAUCCAUACGUACCUUAGGGAAAUGGAGGUGAAAUGCAAGCCUAAAAUGGGUUAUAUGAAGAAGCAACCUGAUAUCACAAACAACAUGCGGGCUAUUCUUGUGGACUGGCUGGUGGAAGUUGGAGAAGAAUACAAAUUACAGAAUGAAACCCUGCACUUAGCUGUAAAUUACAUUGAUAGGUUUCUUUCUUCAAUGUCUGUUUUGAGAGGAAAACUUCAGCUUGUGGGUACUGCAGCUAUGCUGCUUGCAUCCAAGUUUGAAGAAAUCUACCCUCCUGAAGUAGCAGAGUUUGUCUACAUCACAGAUGACACCUAUACGAAGAAGCAAGUUCUAAGGAUGGAGCACUUAAUUUUGAAGGUUUUGUCAUUUGACUUGGCAGCUCCAACAAUCAACCAGUUCCUCACUCAGUAUUUCCUACAUCAGCAGACGAACGCUAAGGUGGAGAGCCUAUCAAUGUACCUUGGGGAGCUGAGCCUCAUUGAUGCUGAUCCUUACCUGAAGUACUUGCCAUCAGUUAUUGCUGCUGCAGCGUUUCACCUAGCAGGCUAUACGAUCACUGGACAAACCUGGCCUGAAUCCCUGUGCAAAGUAACAGGCUACACCCUUGAAGACAUCAAGCCUUGCCUCAUGGACCUACACCAGACCUACCUCAAAGCAGCACAGCACACACAACAGUCCAUAAGGGAAAAGUACAAGAGUACCAAGUACCAUGGAGUAUCGCUUAUUGACCCCCCAGAGACACUAAACGUAUUGUAAUAAUCAAGAGACUGAUCUUUUUAAAAGAUGUAUAUUACAAGAAAAUGAUGUACAGUUUUAAACAUGGUUGAGAAUUCUAGAAGUGAUCACUCGGAAUAUUAAUACAGGUUUUGAUGAGCUUAAUUAUGAAGUUAGUUUUAUGUGGUUUUAAUGUAAAUCUUUUGUACAUGCAAUCUUGUUAAAAUAUUUAGCUGGGUUUUUAUAAAAAUGUUCUCUUCAAGCACGGAAUUAACCAUGUGACCAAGUGAAGUCUGAGACUGCUUAUCUAAUUAUAGACUGAACAUUAAUAUUAGCAGUGCAUUAUUUUAGUAGGGCUUUGUCUCCUUCCAGGUAAGAAUGACUUGGACUUCACAGUGGUAUUUGUAGCAUUUUUAUACUGUCUAGUUUAAACUGAGACUUAGUAUAGAUCCAAAAUGUGGCUUAAUGGCUAUAAUACUGGAAGAAGCAAUCUAGCUGUGAGGAGAACACCUUGCUGGAAUGGACUCUUGUGAGG